AUGGCUCAAAGCUGGCAAAAGCUACUACAAGACCUACUCGAGUCGGCGCAACACUCAGCCACCUGGAACAGAUCACGUCGUUCAAAUCCCUCCCCGCUGGGGGCGGUGGCAGGCGCUCUACCUUCAGGCUGGCCGACGCCGCCACCGCCUCUCUCGAGCAGCACCGAAGGGAACUCGAGGAGCUCGCAUGGCCUGGACUCUUCCAUCACUCUCGGGUUCAACAAGAGCACCUUCACCUAUAACGAAUUAGCGAUGGCCACAAACGGAUUUGCCUUCGACACCAUAAUAGGCCAAGGAGGUUUCGGGUACGUGCACAAAGUGCUGCCGAGCGGGCAGGAGGUGGCCGUGAAGUGCUUGAAAGCCGGGAGCGGGCAGGGAGAUAGGGAGUUUCAGGCUGAGGUGGAGAUCAUCAGCCGUGUCCAUCACCGUCAUCUGGUGUCGCUGAUAGGAUACUGCAUCGCCGGAAGUCAGAGGAUGAUGGUUUACGAGUUCAUGCCGAACAAAACCCUAGAGUAUCACCUUCAUGCGAAAGAUCGUCCGCCCAUGGGUUGGUCCACCAGGCUUCGAAUUGCUUUAGGAUCUGCCAAGGGCCUCGCUUAUCUGCAUGAAGAUUGUCACCCUCGUAUCAUCCAUCGGGACAUCAAAGGUGCAAACAUCCUUCUUGAUUUCAACUUCGAGGCCAAGGUGGCGGACUUCGGACUAGCUAAGCUUACUUCGGACAAUUUCACUCACGUGUCGACACGAAUCAUGGGAACAUUCGGUUACUUGGCCCCGGAGUAUGCAGCGAGCGGCAAACUGACUGACAAGUCCGACAUCUUCUCCUUCGGAGUUAUGCUUCUGGAGCUGAUAACGGGACGGCGUCCGGCCGACCCCACCAGCGAGUUGAUGGAGGACAGCCUUGUGGAUUGGGCUAGGCCCCGAAUCGGACGUGCCUUGGAAGAGAGCAAAUUCAACGAGUUAGCCGACCCGCGGUUGGAAGCCCGUUACGACCAUCAGGAGAUGGCGCGCAUGGCGGCGUGUGCUGGCGCAUGUAUCCGGCACUCCGCUAGGAGGAGACCCAAGAUGAGCCAGAUCGUUCGAGCUCUAGAAGGGGACGGUUCUUUCGACGAUCUAAACUUCUGGCCGAAGUCGAACGGCCAAAGCUCGACCGGCCAAAACUGGGCCGCCGGCGGAUCGAGCAGCACCGAUUACGAAAGCGUCUCUUAUAGCGAGAACAUGAGGCAAUUCAAGAAAGUCGCGUUUAACAAUCAUGAGUACGUGAGCAGCGAGUAUGGAGGCACGAGCGAGUACGGGCUGAAUCCUUCUUCUUCAAGCAGCGACACGGAGGAGACGAGCAAAGUCGGGUCCAGGAGACAUAGUCCGUGA